GCCCCUGGCUAUUUCCCUCCCUACCACACUCCUCGUCCCCUCCCACUCUCUGACAGUUAACUGUAUAAAUAUCCUACUCGCGGCAUUACUGGGAUUCAGACACUGACCUGCACUGACCAGGGAUACUCGAGUGGGACGAGAACAGCUAAAGAAAGAAAGAAAAUAUAUAAAUCAAGUGGAGACACUGUCUGCUGAAUAGAAGAUAAACAGUUGCAUCCCUGCAAAUUUAAACCAGAACUGACUCCCCCUCCAGAAUGUGGCUCCAGGUGUUGUACUUGUGCCUGUCCUGUUUAACUCUCUGCCAAAGCCAGGCUCAACUCCGAGCCUCCCUCAACCGCUCCAAUGACCAAGCUGGACGCUGCCACUACACCUUCACCGUGGCCAGUCCAGUGGAGUCUAGCUGCUCUGGAAGCAGCAUGAAACCAGAGAUGGAUGGAGUCCUGUCCCGACUCACUCUGCUGGAGGCUUUGGUCAGCCGUCUCAUAGCAGGAGUGGAUGGAGAUGUUGGCACCAGGGCUGGGGAAAACGGUGAAGAGGGUCUCCAGAAAGCUUACUCCCAGGUCACAGGGGAAAGAAAUCAGCUGCAGCAGGACAAAGAGCAUCUAAACAAGCAGGUCCAGGAGCUGCAGAGGAGGCUGGACGAGCUGAGUGAGGAGGCAGAGAGCCUGAGGCAGAAGCCCUGCCAGCAGACACACACUUCACAGCACGAAAACAGACCUGCCAGUGACCCUGCAUAUGAUUCUGGGAAUGCUUCGUACCAGGAGAUGAAGGCUGAGGUUACAGAGGUUCCAGCGUCUCAACUCAUUCCCGAAGUAAAUCACAACUUCACAGGCUGUGGAGAGCUGCAGUCAGUGGGAGAUCCUGUGUUGCACAGAAAGGCUGACAGCAUCACAGGGAAGUAUGGAGUGUGGUUGCAGGAUCCCGAGCCUCUGGGCACUCUUUACACCAACAAGACUGUGUGGCGUAUCGACACGGUGGGUAAAGAUGUCCGUCAGCUUUUUGCAUAUGACGACAUGGAACAGUUCUCCAAAGGAUUCCCUAUGAAGGUCCUGGUCCUGCCAGAGUCUGUGGAGAGCACUGGGGCAGCCGUGUACCGUGGCUCCCUCUACUACCAGCGCAGGCGCAGUCGUACCCUGAUCCGUUAUGACCUGGCCUCUGAGACUCUGGCAUCACGCCUGGACCUGCCUCACGCUGGCUUCCAUGGCCAGCAUCCUUACUCCUGGGGCGGGUACACUGACAUCGACCUGGCAGUGGAUGAACAGGGUCUGUGGGCUAUCUAUAGCACAAGCAAGGCAAAGGGUGCAAUAGUGAUCUCCCAGCUGGACCCCGAGAGCCUGGAGGUGAAGAAGAGCUGGGAGACUAACAUCAGGAAGAACACAGUGGCCAAUGCUUUCAUGGUAUGCGGACGUCUGUACACGGUGGCCAGCUACACUGCGCCCGACACCACCAUCAACUUUGUGUACGACACAGCCACCAACGCAGGGCGGGCUGUUGCUGUGCCCUUCAAGAACAAGUACCGUUACAACAGCAUGGUGGACUACAACCACGCCCAGAGGAAGCUGUACGCUUGGGAUAACUUCCACAUGGUCACCUAUGACGUCAGGCUGGGCAGGGCCAGCCAUGGCAGCAGCUAAAGUGUACACAGACAGAGAGAAAGUGCUGCUUACAGGACUGUGCAGGCGAAUGUGAUAAAACAUGUAAUCAUUUUCAUUGUACUGAGGGCGUCUAUGUGUUUUUGCAUCAUUAAAAUCUAUUUUUUCUAUUACCGCUGUAAAUAAGAUCUGAAAUAUAUUCAUAAAGCAGAUUAAUGUAGCUAUGAUAGAACCCCUGAUGGGCUCAAUGAUCAUU